UCGUGGCGAGCGUACGCGUUUCUCGUACGCACCGUUCACGCAAGGAUACACACACACACACAUAUACACAUAUAUACACGGACGCGCGCGCAAAAAGCUGUCACACAUAAACGUAUAUACGCACAUUUAACACAAUGUACAAAAUUUAACGUCUCUCGUAAAGCCCGUGCACGCGUAACUUUGACGCAACGAGAGAAGACCUUUGGACUCACUCAACGGUGGCAUCUGAUUAUUUUUUUUUUCUUCUAAACAAGAUCGAAGAAGAAAUUCGACAACUGUAAAGUGUGACCGGUGAUGAUGAUGAUGAUGAUGAUGAUGAUGAUGAUGAUGAUGAAGAUCGUGCGGAGAUGAAAGAACAUAAUACUAAUUGAUAUAUAAAAAUAAAAUAGGAGAAGAAAGACAGUUGUUGUUUUGCCUAUUUGUUUCGUGUUGGAGGAAGUAGAAAUAAGAAAACAGAUAAAACAAGAGAAGAAGAAAAAAGAAACUCUCUUAUCAAAUCUAUACUUCAUCGUGUAAAACUGUAAACUGGUAAUGGAAGAGAGUCAUGAUAAAUAAUAACUUGUGAUUAUGAGUGACGAACGCAAGAUAAUUCGUUUUUAUUUUUUCGUUGAUAUCGAUUCGUGUUGUAUCCGUUGUUAAAAAUUGAUCUAUCGAGUAACGGGAAAAGUCGAUAAGGGAAAAGAAGAAACAAACUUCUUAUCUCCGGAGUGUGUAUUUUGUUUUUCUUCUUUUUACUCUUACUAUAUAUCCGUUUCUUUCUAUUCCUUGUUCAUUUUCUUGCCAAUUCUCUCACUCUCCAUCUUUUUCUCUGGCACCUUUUCACCUUUCUCCCUCCGUUUGGUUUCUUGUGCGCGCGCGACGACGACGACAACACGUCGGAAGGGAGAAAAGCUCCCCUUUUGCGAGAAGAAGACGCGUACCCAGGAAAGUGUGCGGCCGUUAGGUCCGCACCGCGUGACAUCAUCGUCCGGGAUCGUGCGAGAAACUCGCCAAGAAGCUGGAGAACCAAAGACGAGGAAAGACGACGGAUUCAAGGUGGAAAGAAAAAUGCGGUGUCCUUCCCUCGCCGUUUUCGUCGCCGUCCUAACGACCAUACGAGCUCAAGGGGUCCCGCGAACAUUUUCGACUAGGCCUUACCGAGGAGGUCCAGCGAUCCCCGUGAGGGCGGUUCUUCGAGGUACAGCCGAGCUACCCUGCGAUAUUCGUCCACCACGACACAACGAUUCGACCGUUUCGGGACACGACUCUGCCAUUUUGGUCGUCUGGUACAAGAACGACAUGACACCUAUCUACAGUUACGACAUGAGGGGAAAGCAUUUAGAAAAGCAUUGGAAAAACAAGGAACAUUUGAACGAGUUUACACACUUUCGAAUGAACACCGAUCCGGCUAUGUUAAUCAUCAAUAGCGUCGAGGAAAAGGACGAGGGAGAUUACAGAUGUCGGGUGGAUUUCAACAAGAGCCCUACGAGAAACUCGAGAAUCUAUCUGACCAUCAUUGUGCCACCACGGACGCCUAACAUUAUAGACGAACGUGGAAAUCCUGUACUGAAAGUAACCGGACCAUAUGAAGAAGGUGGCAAUAUGAAGUUAACGUGUCUAGUCACAGGAGGUCGUCCAGAACCUACGGUUAAAUGGUGGCGAGGAGAAACCUUAUUAGAUUCUAAAGACAUGAGAGGAGAAUUUCCAGACCUUCGUCGAAAUACUUUGGUCGUGACCGAUCUCUCGAGAGCUGAUCUACACGCUGUCUUCACCUGUCAAGCUUCCAACAAUAACAUCAGUCAACCUGAAUCUGUCUCGGUAGCGAUCGAAAUGCAUCUGAGACCUCUCAGCGUGAAUAUACUUAGCAACGAGCAAACAACAAUCAGCGCCGAUAGAAAAUACAACAUUAGUUGUAUAACUGUCGGUUCAAGGCCACCAGCUAAACUAUAUUGGUACUUGGACGGGCAAAAAAUGGAUAACUAUACGGAAAAGGUAUCAGCCGAUGGAAACAUGACGAGUUCCGUGUUCACUUUCAAACCAACACUCUUCGAUCACAAUAAAGUGUUGACCUGCAGAGCGGAGAAUAAUAAAGUUAGCGGUGGAUACGCUGAGGAUACAUUGAAGCUCAACAUUUACUUCGUUCCUAUCUUAAAGUUGGGGCUUGGUUCCAACAUGAAUCCCGACGACAUAGAGGAAGGCGAUGAUGUCUACUUUGAAUGUAAGGUUCGUGCGAAUCCCUGGGCUUACAAAGUCGUCUGGAAGCACAACGGCAACGUCAUUCAGAACAACGCAAAGAAUGGCGUAAUAGUACAACAAUACGAUCUCGCUUUAAGAAAAGUCAAUCGUUCCCAGGCCGGAAAUUACACCUGCGUUGCUAGCAACGUUGAGGGUGAUGGUUAUAGCAAUAGCGUCGAACUCAAAAUCAUGUACAAGCCAAUCUGCGUGUCCGAACAAAAGAAUAUAUAUGGAGUGGCGCGUCACGAGAUCGCCAGGGUGGUCUGCACGGUCGAAGCUUAUCCACCUCCCGAAAGCUUUAGGUGGGCCUUCAACACUAGUCAGGAGAUGGUCGACAUGCCCCAGGCACGUUUCAAGAACUCAACUCAGCACAGCCAAAGCAUCCUCGUGUACAGACCGGUCACGGAUAUGGACUAUGGCAGCGUGUCUUGUUGGGCGAGCAAUGCUGCUGGCCAGCAGAAAAACGCAUGCAUAUUUUACAUCAUACCCGCGGGAAAACCAGAAAUCCCUUACAAUUGUACACUAACCAAUCAAACAACUCAGUCACUUUCGGUGGAAUGCACCGCAGGUUUCGACGGAGGUCAAACGCAAUAUUUCGUUUUAGAAGUUUUCGACGAAGAAACGGGUAUUCUACAAGCAAAUCUUACUAGAGAGAUUCCACAAUUUACUGUACAAAACUUGGAAUCGGGCAAAGUUCUCACCAUGAUAUUGUUUGCCGUCAAUGGUAAAGGACAAAGUGAGAAAGUGGUCCUAGAAGGUUUUACUUUAAAAGUGGCCGAGAAGCAGACAGUGCGCGUUUUGUUUACAGGUACUCAGGUGCCUUUCGAAAUAACACCUCUAUUACUUGGUCUCAUUGGAGUAUUUGCCGCCCUAGUCUUAGUCACUGGAAUAAUCUUCGCAGCACUCAAAUUACGAAGUGAUAGACGAGCUCAAAGGCCUGGUGAUUUGCCCUUGAAAAAAGCUACCGCGCCUAGUUCCGAAGAUCUUUACGAUGCCGAUGACAGAAAUCCGGACGUUGUACCAAGUAAUAAAGAUUCAGAUUAUCAAUUGACCGGUUCAACUUCUGGUACACCAUUGGCAACCCAAAAUACACCGGAUGGAUUACCACCGUCAUCACUCCCUUCAACGCAGCAGAAUAAUCAUCUUCAAGGACUUACCGCUUACAACGAAUACAACAAUUAUCCAACCUUACCGUUAUCCGGUGAAGUGACGUAUGCAGAGCUAUGUUUAACGAGGCCAACCACCCUGUCGACUUUGGGAACGGACACGAAGUUAGCGAAUUUAGGUACCGUCACUGGUCUCGGAGGGCUACAGGGUUACGGAAGUGGUGUUAUCGUCGGGGGAAAAUCUUACGCUAAAGAGGCAACGGUAUACGCUUGCAUAGAUCAUACAGCAAGGCCACCUAAAAUAGACACGGUGAAGAGUACAUCCUCAUGCGGAAGUACGCCGCUCUCGACGAUGAGCGGACUUCUGCACGAGUCAACAGUCACAGGAAUAACCGGGGUCACCGGAUUGACCGGUGUUACAACGAACAAGCAUCAUCCGGCAAGGGAAGUUGUAACCGUUCGCACGCCACUUAUUUCGAGCCAAGAAAGUUGCGUAUAGGGAUGCGAUUCCGACGCGCCCGGCGUUAACGAAUAUUACGUCUGAUAUGGCCGCGUCGCAUCCCACGCCAUCAACAACACUACCACCACAAUCAUCGAGUCUCCUUCAGAAUUGGGACCCGUUCAAAAACAUACCGCAAAUUGUUACAACAGGUAUGCCAGUAACCAACCACGACACAUCUUCUUCUUAUUCUUAUUCAUUUUCAUUAUGUUCCCUUUCACGCCUGUUACCAAAUGUUCAUUUAUUAUUAUUUUAUAUUAUUAGUAGAAAAUCAUUUUCUCCUAUAUUAUCCUUCGAUCUUCCGUAUUUUAUAUUCUAAUUAUAUCAUUUUUAUAAGUUACGACAUUACGACGAAUUUAUUUAAACAGAGCAUCGAUUUCAAGAUUAUUUUUCAUAAUCUUGUGUGCCUAUUGUAAACGCCUAUUAUUAAUAUAUAUAAUGUAGUAUUUACAUACAUAUAUAUAUAUACAUAUUAUUGCCUAAAUUUAUGAAUAACUGCCGUUGACAAAGGUCGAUAAGAAGAUGAUUUUUUAGAUCGAAUUAUCUCGAACGAGUGACCAAAGCACGCUAUUAACGCGACUCGAAUACGCUUCUUUCGUUUUUGCCGUUUACAACGAAGACAAUUUGACGAUGAUGAUGACUUUAAAAUUAAAAAAAAAUAUAUAUCGUCGGUCUUCAUUGGGGCACGGUAAGACGUAAGUUUAUUGGAAAAAAAAAUUUGCAAACGAACGUGUGCGUCUCUCCUAUCGACUGACGACGAACGCGCACAACGUCGAAACUGGCACGUGGAAGCGACGCGGUCGUUUAGCACGAUAUAUAUAUCAAUAAUAUAUAUAUAAAUAUGUGAGAAAAAAAAAAGAAAAAAAAAUAGUAUAUACCGAGAUUGAAUUUUCUUAUUAGAAAUUAUUUCUCGUGAUCGGUAAUUUCUAUGCACCGAGUUUUAGGUACGCGAACGUUCCCGGUGCUAAUGCAAUCGUACGCACGAGAAUCGUUUUAAACUAAAAAAUUAAUAACAACAACAAAAAUAAUAGGUGCGUAACGAGCAUUAUCAUCUCGUACGAAUUCUAAUGAAUAUCUUCAUCAUUUUUCGGCGUGUUUAACACAAGAAAAAAAAAGAAAAAACGCGCUAAUCCCAUGUAAAUACCUUGUAAAUAAACGCAUAACGAUGCGACGACGACGAGUGAGAAAUAAAGUUUCAUUGUGUGACGAGUAAUAUGUGUGUGACAAAAAAAAAGGGGGAACGAAGGACUCUCUGUCGACGAUAUAAAAAAAAA